AAAAAAAAAAGAGAGGAAAUAAAAUUUAGAAAAUUCAUUUCUCUCUCUCUCUCUCUCUCUCUCCGCCUCAUUUUCUCUCUCUAAAUCUCACUCUCUCUCCCUAGAAAUCAUCUCCAAAAAAAAAUGGGAGUUGCAGAAACCGACCUGCUUUCCCAGCUGAGCUUGCCCCCGGGUUUCCGGUUUUACCCGACUGAUGAAGAGCUUCUGGUUCAGUAUCUUUGCAGGAAAGUUGCAGGGUACCACUUCUCUCUCCAGAUCAUUGCAGAGAUCGACUUGUACAAAUUCGAUCCAUGGGUUUUACCCAGCAAAGCCAUUUUCGGAGAGAAAGAAUGGUAUUUUUUUAGUCCACGAGAUAGGAAGUACCCAAACGGGUCGAGACCGAAUCGGGUUGCUGGAUCAGGGUAUUGGAAAGCCACUGGAACUGAUAAGAUUAUAACUAACGAGGGACGAAGAGUUGGUAUCAAGAAAGCUCUGGUUUUUUACGUAGGCAAAGCUCCGAAAGGAACAAAGACCAAUUGGAUCAUGCAUGAAUAUAGACUCUCCGAACCUCCCAAGAAAAAUGGAAGCGCAAAGUUGGAUGAUUGGGUUCUGUGUCGGAUCUACAAAAAAAACUCGAGUGCUCAAAAACCCAUUUCAGGGGUUUCAAGCAAAGAACUUAGUCAUGGUUCUUCGUCUUCAUCAUCGUCUCAAUUCGACGACAUGUUAGAGUCUUUGCCGGAGAUCAACGACCGGUGCUUCACUUUGCCGCGAAUGAAUUCUCUGAAAACCAUUCAACAAGAUGAGAAAUUCAAUAUUCAGAACUUAACUUCAGGGAAUUUCGACUGGGCAAGUCUCGCCGGAGCCGUCACUUCCCUGCCGGAGCUAGUUCCCGGCGGCCAAUCUCAGGCUCAAACUCAAGCUCAGGGACAUUUGGGCAAUAACAACAAUAUGUAUAAUGACAUGUAUGUCCCUUCAAUCCCACCCCUCUCCCGCGUGGACUCGCCAUGCGAGAGGUUCGGUGCAUCUGUAGAGGAAGAGGUUCAGAGCGGACUCAGAACUCAGCACCGAUUUGAGAACUCGGGGUUCUUCCAGCAGAACUCGAACGGGUUCGCUCAAAGUUUCAGUAAUUCGCCUGACCCGUUCGGUAUUCGGUACCCGACCCAGCAAGGAGGAUUUAGGCUUCGACAGUAAAAUUAAAAAAAUUUGGGGGCAUUUGUGUAAAUAUACGGAAUUCUUUGGGGGCACCCUCUAGGAAACUGUAAAAUACACCCACUAAAUUUUUCUCGAGCAUUCUUCAUUGAAUACAAUAAUUAUAUUGUAUCUGAUAAGUUAUUAGGUACAUACAAGAAGGGGGUGUGGAGAGAAAUUUUGUGAGUGUCCAUAAGAGGUAAGUAAAAGUUGGGUGUGGGAUUUAAGGGUGGGCAUGGAACGCCAGAGAAGGGGCAAAUGUAUAACUCAUUUUGAUCUGGCUAUUGGCAUGUAUUCAAUGUACACAAUUUACAGUUUAAUUUUUAAAUUGGUUAGAAUUUACUUCCCACUUGGACUAAAA